AUGCAUCGGACAACAACAGCGGUGCUGUUUCUUCUGACAGUUUGUACACAGGUCCUAUCGAUUCCGCUGCAGACCCCGCGGAUUGUAACGAUUCAUCAACAAUGGAACGGUGGCGUAAGGGUUUGCCGAGGGACGGUGGUCGAUAGAGUUCGGGUUGUGACGGUAGCUUCCUGUGUCCAUCCAGUGCCGGACGGUGUGCUGUAUGAUGUGAAGGGGGACUGUCGGAGUCAGGAUCGGAAGGUUGUAAAUGUUACGGUACAUCCCUCAGCUGAUCUGGCAUUGCUUUACGUAGAUGAUCCUUUUCCGGUUAGUGGCAGUUUGAUUGGACUGAUGGAUAUCAAGGAGAGACCUUCCGGAGUGGCAUCCGUGGAUACGACUUCCGGGCUUCAAGAAGUUCCCAUCCUGGGCAACGACCCUUGCUUCGGUCAACGACAGAAGACUUCCCAGGAAGAACUCUACACCCCACCGAUGUGUGACACCACCCUUGGAAGCCCUCUCUUCCAAGUGCACAACAAUCAAUCCAUCCUUAUCGGGUUGGUGUCCUCAAUCCCCGAACCCUGCCAUGGCACCCAUUGCCGUCUGCGUCUAACGGACAUUUCCCGUCACCACCGAUGGCUUUCGGACCAAUCCCGUGACGAGCCGGCCCCCUCCAUCAAACUCCCCAAGAUCCCCGCCACGGUCGUCUUCAGCUUCCUCAAACUGCUGGCCGUCGUCAGCUCCCUCGGCGGCAUAUCGUUUGCCUUUUGCUGUGUCAUGUUUCUGAUCUCCAACUAAUAAAUUAUCACUCCCGGGACAGCCUCGCUAAUCCAGUUCGCUCUCUAGUGGGUACAUUUA